GAAACGUAGUGAUCCGAUAAACGUUCCUGUUUGCUUUUCGGUUCGGGUUUCAAAACAUUGGUCUACAACACCUUAUGUUUCCAAUUUUUCGAAUGUUUCUUUGCAAAAACGAUUUACACACUUUCAAUUUUGUUUCCCUUUUGUAUCCAGAAAUCCCAAACUGGAACUGUAAACCCUAAUUGAGAAUCUUCCUUUGUCUCCUCCUCCAUCAGCAAAAUCGAGAAACCAAUCUCUGGUAACUUCUUCUCCUUUUCUCUUCUCCCCUCCGAUUUUCCUUUCUUCUUCUCCGAUUUUCCUUUCACUAUUUCCGAUUCUCCACCGUCCUCUCCUCCUCCUUCAGCCAAGGAUUGAUUCACCACCGUCCGCUCCUCCAUCUACUCUCAGGUGUCACUACUCGGGCAGAGAAACAACACUUAAAAGAUUGGUCUUUGACGAAGCUAAGUAUAAAGUUAUGGCACUAGUGAGAGAGGACCAUUGUGAGGAUUCUCGUAAUUAUAUGGGUUUCGCUCUUCAACAAGCUAAAUUUGCUCUCGAGGCUCUUGAAGUCCCCGUGGGAUGUGUCAUUCUUGAGGAUGGCAAGGUCAUUGCUUCAGGGCGAAACCGAACAAAUGAGACACGCAAUGCUACAAGACAUGCAGAGAUGGAAGCAAUUGAUGAACUUGUCGGACAAUGGCGGAGAGAUAGUUUCUCACCCUCACAAGUCGCUGAAAAAUUCUCAAAAUGUGUUCUUUAUGUAACAUGUGAACCUUGCGUAAUGUGUGCAUCGGCCUUAUCGUUUCUCGGUAUAAAGGAAGUGUAUUAUGGAUGUGCAAAUGAUAAGUUUGGAGGAUGUGGUUCCAUCUUGUCGCUUCACUUAAGCAGUUCUCAGCCUGAGGAAGCUCAAAGAGGAAGAGGGUACAAGUGCAAAGGAGGAAUAAUGGCAGAAGAAGCUGUCUCGCUUUUCAAAUGUUUUUAUGAGCAAGGCAAUCCUAACGCCCCAAAGCCACACCGCCCCGUAGUACAAAGAGAGAGUACCUAAAAGAAACAUAUAUAGGAAACAUAUAUGAUGAUGAUAUGAUAGUGAAGAAUCACAUUGUGCAGAUUUGGUCUCAAGCAAAAGUUGGAUUAAAGUUUUAUAUAUGUUAACAUUUGGUUUCUAAUUAUUGAUGAUGCUCGAGAGCUUGUUAGAGAAUGUAAUGGUACUACAUAUUUGUUUUUUUUUUUUUUAUGAAAUUUUUUCAAUUUAAUUUCUUUUUCGAAUGUCAAACAACCAUCAUACUUUUGUUAUUUAUUCAAACAAAAUUUCUGUUUAUAAAAGCACAAUUCAUUCUAUUUAUUGCUUUCCAACA